AUGACUUAUCCGUCCCAACUGAUUCAGAUCUCGCUGUUAAUUAUCUCGAGUUCUAGUCUGUAUUGUUUAGAAAACGACGAUCCGGAACUAUGGAGAUCGGCAUUGAGAAACCUCCAACGCAAGGCCAGGGAUUACGUGAAGCUGAAUCCGAUUAGCAACGAGCUAAGGUCUUUUAUCGACAGGAUUAAAAGAAACGACGACAAAAGACACGCGCUUGGCCGAAUGUAUGUCGUCAAGGAAGGAGAAGUGGUGCCUCUGGAUCACAUCGAAGGCGAUCUUCAUACCGAAUCCGAGUUGGGCAGCAACUUUACCGUCGUCCCUCUGAUUAUUCCUAUCGCCUUGCAACACAAUUUGACCCUCAGAGAGCAGGUAACCGAUUUGACCACAGUUAAUACAGACCCUGUGGCCGAUCGAGCAAGAGCAGCAAUACUCGGAAGACUGCAGGCUUCCGGUAGAGCUCGUCAGGCGAACACAUCCUUCAGCGAGGCGGAAACGGAAGAGGCCGUAGUGGACAGCUUGGUAGGGGAAAAACUGAAAUCUAAGGAUGGUUCGGAUCUGAACAAGAUGCUCGAUCAUGUAGCGGAUUUAAUUACGACCCAGAAACGUGGCCGAUUUAACAAAGAAGGGGCGUUAUGUAACACAAGCGGCUACUGGGACACGGAGGCCGGCGGCAAGACCCUGCACAUUUUUAAGAACGACUCCUCCCAGGAGAAGACUUCAGUCGCGCUCCUUGAUAAGGAACCCCCCAGCGAGGAGGGAUUUUUAAUCCACGAGAAUUGGAACAUAACGGGAUUCUUGCCUUUCAAUCGAUCCACGCAAAUUAUUUUAACCGCCACCUGUUCGAAGGGCAGGAAAAUCGCGGUCUUUGUAGGAGAAUGUCGAAUCUGCGAUGGGAGCGAGACCAUCACAGGCAACUGGGUCAUGGGAAGAUCGUCGAACAGCUGCAAGGACCAGAAGGCGUCUUCUUCAUUCGUCAGCGACGUGCUGAGGAAGAAUAACGUGCCCCUGUUGCAGGAGCGUCACCUACAGAAAAUAUCGGAAACUACAACGAAAGGUUGAUUGAAAUAAAACACGGUUUUCGA